CUGGCUUGUGUUUGGCGUGCUUGCUGUUGGGGGGGUUCCUUUGAGUGGGUCGCCGUCUGCGAUCGGCAGAAAUCCAGGUGAAUUUGAGUGGCUGUUUUUUUUUUAUUCAUUUAGCACCAGACAUACUGCGGGUGUAACUGAUUAUGGCAUCAACAGAGAGAGACGAAGGAAAGGAAACGGACUCAAAUGCACAGUUUCAGGCCACUAUAGAUGAGGAAGGGAGGACAAUCUGCCAGACCUGCAAACAUGAAAUGUGUGUGAAUCCAUCUGACCCUCAGCAGCACAUGGCCAGCAAUGCCCAUGACAGCACCACAGAGUCUUCUGGGUCCCAGACUGACGAAGAAAACAGAGUUUCAGAGGAUUGCGGUCUUGCAAACACCAUAUUCAAGAAAACAGAGGCCUCCUUGACCGCCUGCUCAACGAAGAAGAACGAGGAAGAAGUAGAUCAGGCAGUAGUGACUAAUGGGCCCAGCGCAUCUCCAGUGCCAUUUCGGUUUAGUUCCAGUCCCACUUUGGAAGAAAUUCGGAGCCUACAGUCGGCCUUUGCAGCUGAGCGGGGCUGGGGAAAGUACCACCAACCUCGGAAUCUGCUUCUUGCUUUGGUUGGAGAGGUUGGGGAGCUGGCAGAGCUCUUCCAAUGGCGGGAAGAAGCUCCUGAAGGCCUACCAGGGUGGACAACAUUGGAGCGUGAGGACCUCAGCGAUGAGCUCAGUGAUGUCCUCAUUUAUCUGGUUGCCCUGGCAAACAAGUGCCAUGUGGACCUCCCUACAGCUGCUCUCCGUAAAAUAGAGAAGAACCGCCUUAAAUACCCAGCCAAGCGUGUCUAUGGUUCCUCCAAGAAAUACACAGAGUAUCAGGAAUAAGUAUGGAACGUAUUUCUUCCUGGAUGGAGAGAAGAAAAAUCACUCCAUGGCUUCUAGAAGAUGCUCUUUUCACGAUUUAGAACUUCUUUGGGGUGGGCAGUUCAAAGUGACCCCUUUUUCACUCUAGACCUUGUGGGAUGGAUCCAGCAAGCUCUGAUCCAAAGAUCGACAAAGGGACCUGUGGUGGAGAUCUCAAGUUUUUGUUCAUUUUUCUUUUCUUUUCUUUUGCAAAGUAGAUCUGGCCACCCAGGAAGUGUUGGGUUUCAAUUCCAUCACCCUGAGACCAAGUUGGCUGAGAGUCAUUGGAGUUGGAGUCCAACCACAGGUGGAAGCUUGCAGGUUCUCCAUCCUAAACUUCAAGGUUUGCAGAUGGAUGCACAGGUGUGCAGAGGAAAUCGGCUGUGGAAAAAGGUCAUUUACAGAGAAAUACAUGUCCCCUUCCUUGUGGAGGUGUAUCCAGCAUAAAAGUACAAGGAGCUUUUUAUAAACUCUGCUUUCUUAGUGAGGCCAGAUUCUUCUCUCCAGCUUGUGGCUGUAGUUUAGUUUAGCUUUUAAAGAAAAAUAGGUAGCCACCAUUUUGACCUGAGGAAUUGACGAUUUCUUCUGUCUGCACAUUCUUUCCAAUAGAAUUGCCCUCCUCAAGGUGUAGAUUACAUUUCAUUUGGUAUUCCCUUUGGGUCUUAAAAACAAUUGGGGGGCAUUUUUGAGGGAAAAAUUGGCGAGAGGCUGAAGAAUGAAGUGGCUGUGGUGGUUUUCCUGCCCAAACUGGCAACAUAACAAGGCUACCGUUGUAAAAUAAUAAAAUUCCAAGAAGUUGCUAGAUA